AUGGAUCGCCCCAAAGUCAAUGUACAUCCAGGUCCAGAAAACUAUGAUUUAUUAAUACUCCAGCAACAACAUCGAUCCCAGGCUGUGUGGGAUGGAAAAUUGACUGGACAGAACGCGUGUUUAACUAUACGUCGUGCGAAUCAUGAAUUUUGGAAUCACGUGAGGCAAUACCCUUUACAUAAUCGCAUCCUUAAUUACUUUGAGAGGUGUGGAUUUGGGGGAGUUUUAGCAGUAGGUAAUGUGCAGUAUGAUGAAGGAAUCAUCACUGCACUUAUUGAGAGAUGGCGUCCAGAGACGCAUACAUUUCAUAUGCGGACUGGCGAAUGUGCCAUCACGCUGCAGGAUGUCGAUGUGUUAUAUGGCAUUCCCGUGGAUGGCCACCCAUUGGUCCAGAGAAAUGUUAAAAAUAUAACUAAAUCAACGUGGCAGGAAUUGAUGUACAACCUUACUGACCUUGAUGCAAUAGGCGGGAAAGCUUGGGGAGCAGCAGCAUUAUCAUACUUGUACAAUUGUUUAUGCUGUGCUUCGAUGGCCAAUAGCCGUGAUGUUUGUGGAUCUAUUGUUUUGUUACAGAUAUUCAGGCAAAGAGGCGGACCACUUCCUCCUACAUUAUCAGGUGAGAACUCACUUGUAUGA